AUGUCUUCUCGACGACCAAUUUCAGCUCCUCGACCAUAUGUAGCACGUGCCAGACCAGUCAUUGCACGUCCGGUUGUUGGUGUCGGACCAGGUAUUGGUGCUGGCCUUGAUGGGGCUCUUGGUGCCAUCGGUGGUACUCUCGGUUGUCUUCUGUGCUUAUCUGCUAUCGGUUUAUUGGGUCUCUUUGCCUGUACUAUUGCCUUAGCCGCAUAUACAAAACAAUUUCUCGACACCUACAAGAGAGUAGAAGGAGUCAGUGGAGUUGCACAAUUGCAGAUGUGCGCCGUUCUUCUAUUGGCUUCACUCUUUUACACCAUGUUCAGCCGCAUCCAACGAAGCUAA